UGAGAUUUUAAUUUUGAUUAAAAAGUUUUAAAGCAAUCAAUGAUUAAAUAUUUGCAUUGAAUUAGUAUUUGAAUUAACAAUUGAUUUACAAUUAAAUGUCAUUUGUUUUGACAAUCACUUGAUGUGAAGAAUAUUGUGGUUAUGAGUGAAUGAUUGAUGAAGUGAUGACACAUUCCUCCCACUAUUGGAUCCGUUAAAGAGAUAACACAUGCAAACGAUGGCAUUGUUUACCUCCGAUUGGAAUCCUUUGGGAAAAGAUAUUUAUUACCGAAAGUUUGAAUUGAAUUCAAUGUUUUGGACCAAUGAUGUCGACCUCAAGGACUUCAUCAUCACUUCGGCCCCAUUUGGCGGUCCAAUUGCUUUGAUUGAGAGGAAGAACUGGAGCCGAUUGGGCACUAAUGGCAACACUAGUCUAAAACCAAAUCAAUUUAAUAUAUUUAUCUUCUCGUCGUUGGGAUCAAUCAUAUCGACCAUCAAAUGGAAGGGCAAUGAGUUGUCACUGAUUUCGUGGUCCAAUCGCGAAGACCUGCUUUGCAUACAAGACGACGGAAUUGUCUCCGUUUACGACAUUUACGCCAAUUUGCAAAACACAUUCACUUUGGAUCAGGAAAUACGCGACACUAAAGUCUUGGAGUGCAAGACAUUUAACGGCAUUCACGGCACGGGUAUUGCAGUCCUAACCACUUCUCAUCGGUUUUUCAUAUUGAAUAAUAUAAGCGAUCCUAAAAUCAGACGAUUAGCCGAAGUUCCCGGUCUCACAAAGAGUCCUCAGUGUUGGACAAUAGUUGCCUCCAAUAGCGAGACAAUCGUUUUGGUGGCCAAAGACAACGAGUUGUAUUCACUGAAUGCUAACGCCCAGAGCUGCCAACUGAUCACUCCAGCGAUUAGCGCGCCGUUCACUGCCAUCACAGAAAUGAGUGUUUCAUACGAUUCCAGUCAUAUAUCUCUACUGACAGACAGCGGGUCUCUAUGGAUGGGCCGCGCGGACAAUGAUUUAACGCAUAAAUACUGCGAGUUUGACACUAAGGCCAAAGCGCGACCGCAACAGCUUCUGUGGUGCGGCAACUCAGCGGUCGUCGGUCUCUGGAAAAACAUUUUGCUAGUCGUGGGACCGGACAAGGAUUGGCUCAACUAUGUUGUCGACCAACCCGUCCAUAUGGUCGAAGAGAUAGACGGCAUUCGCAUCAUCGGUAACUAUAUGCAGGAAUUCUUACACAAAGUGUCACCCGUUGUGGUCGACAUAUUUGGCAUCGGAUCCAUAGCUCCGGGCGCUCUACUCUUGGAGGCGAACAAAGAGUUUCAGCGCCACAGCCAUAGAGCCGAUGAAUACAUUCGUAUGAUUCAGGAGCGCAAAGAAAUGGAGACAUCUGUUCAGCAGUGCAUCAGAGCUGCCGGACAUGAGUAUGGGAUCAGCACUCAGAAGAUGCUGAUGAGAGCCGCCUCUUUCGGCAAGUGUUUCGUCCCUCACAUGGAAUCCAAACCUUUUGUCCAAAUGUGUCAAACAUUGCGUAUUUUGAACGCUAUAAGACACCACUCGAUCGGAAUCCCUUUGAGUUGGAAUCAGUUGGAAGUGUUGACAGUGGAAGUACUGAUCGAUCGUCUCAUACUUCGGCGUCACUUUUGUUUAGCCCUUCGAAUCGCGUCGUACCUGAAGAUGAGUGAAGAGAAGGGCGCGGCCCGAGUGCUCGGGAACUGGGCUUUGCUUAAAGUGAAACAACGAGUUUCGGACGACGAGCGCACAGCACGUGAUAUCUUCAAUAAGUUGGGCUACAGUUCUGGUGUCCCGUAUUCAGAGAUUGCCGACAAAGCUAUAGACAACGGGCGAACACAACUGGCCAUUAAGCUGUUAGAUCACGAGCUGCGGUCGAGCCAACAGGUGCCGCUCCUUCUUAAGCUCAAACAACACCGACUGGCGCUUCAAAGGGCUAUAGAGAGCGGCGACACAAACCUCGUCCAUACGAGACUAUCCGAUCGCGUAUUCUCUCUACCACAAAGGGCUAUAGAGAGCGGCGACACAAACCUCGUCCAUACGGUUAUCAUACGAUUGCGCGAAGCAUUGUCUGCCGGAGAGUUCCUAAUGACUAUCAGAGACUAUCCGAUCGCGUAUUCUCUCUACCAAAAGUAUUGCAGAGAAGAAGAGACCGAAAAGUUAACAGACCUUUACUAUCAAGAAGACGACUUCGCCUCUGAGGCCAACUCGUGGCUCAGCCGUAGUCUCACGUCUAAUAAUGUGACACAAAAACAGAGUUAUUUACAGUCAGCCUAUGAUUCGUUCAAAAAGUCCAGAAAUGAAUUCAAUGCCUCAAUGAUUGACGAAAACAUUCGUCUAAAUAAAUAUCAAAUCAAAUUAGAGGAGAAAUUUCAUCGCAAAUAUCUCAGCCUUUCUUUGCAUCAAACUAUGAAACAACUGAUUAUUGAUAAGGAAUACAAACUCAGCGAAGAACUGAAGAAGGAGUUCAAAGUAGGAGAUCGUAGGUAUUGGUGGCUAAAGAUGACUAUUUUGGCCGAAACCGCGGAAUUCCUCGAAUUGGAAAAGUUUAGUAAAAUUAAGAAAUCGCCGAUUGGUUACGAACCAUUUGUGGACAUAUGUCUCGAACACCGCAAUCGAUACGAAGCGCAGAAAUAUUUACUCAAAAUAAACGAAGAAAAUAAAAUCAAAUAUUAUGUCAAAUGCGGCCUUUUAGAAGACGCGGCGAAGUUUGCAUUCGAGGCCAAAGACGUGGAAGCGCUGGACUACGUGUCGAGCAGAUGCGGGCCAACCAAUCGAUUACUGGCCGACAAAAUCACAACAAUGAAGAAUCAACUCCGGCUCAAGUGAUCGCAGAGAGUAUUUAUCAACAAAAAACAAAAGCUAUUUAUUUUGAAUAAAUGUUUAUUUUUAAUAAUUAAAAGAUAUAAUUAAAAACUUAAAUUACAUAAAACCAUAUAAUUUUUGAACUCAGAAUGAAUUGCUUUUGCAUUGAAUACAAGAGAGUAUAUGACUUAGAGUUUAAAUUAUUAAU